AUGUUUCAAAAGGAUAGUUUAUAAGAUCGUUUAAAAUGCAAGAUAGAAUUUACUUAAGAUGAAGAAAAAGUAGAAAUAAUUAGUCUGAAAAGUAGUAUUGAUGAUACCAUAAGAUUCGAGGAUAAAUAUGAAUAAUAAGAAAUUUUGGGUAUUGAAUAUGAAAAUUUUUAGGAUAGGGAGCACAUGCAAUAGUUAAACUGGCUAAAAGAAAGGGAACAAAUGAUAUAUUUGCAGUCAAAAUUAUGAGAAUGAACAAUGAAGAAGUUUAUAAUAAUGUAAAAAGAACAUUUUUUAAUUCACGUUGUUUAAGACAUUAAAAUAUAAUAUAAGAAUACGAACUUUAUAUUAAUGAAAAAUAUUAUACUGCUAAUGUGGUAAUGGAAUAUUGUCCAUAUCCAUCAUUAGAGUAAAUCUUAAAAGAUAGAAGUAUCUUAAAAGAAGAAGAGGUGAGAAAAAUCAUUAAACAAUUACUCAUGGCAGUAGGACAUAUACAUAGCAAAGGGAUAUGUCAUAGAGAUAUCAAACCAGAUAAUAUUUUAGUAAACAUAAUGGGGAAUUGUGAAUUAAAAUUGCUAGAUUUUGGAGUUUCUAGUAGAUUUAUAUGGAAGAAUCAAACUUAUUAAAUGAUGACUAAAACAGGAAAUAUAUAUUAUUGUGCUCCAGAGAUAUAUCAUUAAAGCAACUAUUCCAAAGAGAUUGAUUUAUGGAGUAUUGGAGUUAUAAUGUUCUAAUGUUUAACAGGAGAACUACCUUUAUAGAAUGAAAAUAUGAGGGAUCAUAUAGAAUUAUUAGGUAAACCUGAAAUGUGGAAUUUUAAGAAUAAAAUAAAAGGAUAAUCUUUAAAUGCUUAAAACAUGAUAUCAAGUCUACUUUUAAAUGACCCAAACAAAAGGAUUGGAUAUUUGGAUGCUUUAAAUCAUCCAUUUAUAGAAAAAAAUUAGACUUAUACUACGUUAUAAUCAAUAUAAAUGAUUGAUGAUGAAGAAGAAGACCAUGCUAGUUGUGAUGAGAUAUUUUUGAAAAAAUGCCAAUCUUUCUAACCAAGUUCUUCUGUAAAUUAACAGAGUAAUAUUCAUCGAGCAUUAAACACACUUCCUUUAGAUUAAGAAUAUUAAUAGAUUGUUCUUGAAGAUUUAAUGUUAGAACUUGAAAACGUUCAUAUAAUUUAGAAGAGAAAUAGUGAUAAAUUUACAGGAUUUAUUUAAUUUGUAAAUUCACUUGGAAACAGUUAAGGAGUUACAAUUAGUAAAUAUAUUGAAGUAAACACAAUUAAUUAAUGCAGUCUUGGAAUUGGUUCUACUUAAAGUAUAGGUAUUAUUCAAAUUUAUAAAUUUUAUAGAAUCCUCUGAUCAUCAUAUAUAAGAUUAUUUUGAAGAGUUGGAUGACAUACAAUAAAGUGAUGAUUUUUAGAAUGAUAUCAAAGAAAAUCAUUUUUAAGAAAAUGUUUACACUUAAAACUCAUUUAUUAAUUAAGUGAGAACAAAUAAUGAAAAAAGUCAAGAGGUUGACUAUUAAUAAAAUAUUGGAUAAAAUAAUAAAAUUAAUUCUAUUAUUUCAACACUUGAUGUUUUGGGCAUGAAUUAAUUUGAUGAAACUAUCGAAGAUUAAGAUUGA